GUCUCGUGUUGUGUGGACGUCACUAGUGCCUCCGGUGGGGAAGGAUCGCCCAAACGUUUCCAUCUUUAGCAGCAGCGUCAACUCCGGGCCAAAAGCCACCAGCCGCCACCAUGAGCAGCCCGGGGAGCAGUCCCUCGAAGAAGGGAAACAGCGUGGAUAUGCAGAUAUUUUCCGGCACCAAUGGGAUCGUGGACGAAAGCUACGAUCCGCACCUGCACCGCAACCGACCGCAUCCGACGACUAACUUUGAAACGCUGGUCCAUCUACUAAAAGGUUCCCUUGGAACCGGUAUCCUGGCGAUGCCGCAAGCAUUCUACAACGCCGGCUACAUCUCCGGGCUCGUCAACACGAUCCUGAUCGGUAUCCUCUGCACGUACUGCCUGCACGUGCUGGUCCAGGCCCAGUACAUCCUUUGCAAGCGGCACCAAGUUCCCAUCCUGACGUACCCGAUUUCGAUGAAGAUUGCCCUUCAGGAGGGACCCGAGUGUCUGCGAUGUUUCGCACCGUACGCAGUCGUCAUUGUUGAUGGGUUUAUGAUUAUUUACCAACUCGGCAUCUGCUGUGUGUACAUAGUUUUCGUUGCUACGAACAUUAAGCAGCUGGUCGAUUACUACUGGUUGGAGCUGGACGUUAAACUUCACUGUCUGAUCCUGCUGGUACCACUGAUAGGCAUCAACAUGAUUCGAAACCUCAAAGUUCUGGCGCCGUUCUCUACGCUGGCCAAUCUGAUCACCUUUGUUGGCAUCGGUCUGAUUUUGGCCUACAUCCUGGACGAUAUCCCACCGAUUUCGGAGCGAGAGGCACUAGCAGAAAUUGGCAAAUUCCCGCUCUUUUUCGGAACAACUCUUUUUGCGCUGGAAGCGGUUGGAGUGAUUAUAGCGCUGGAGAAUAAUAUGGCCACACCAAAGUCCUUCGGUGGCACUUUCGGUGUGCUGAACAUUGGCAUGGCGGUUAUCGUGGUUCUGUACGCCGGAAUGGGAUUCCUUGGCUAUCUGAAGUACGGUGCGGAGGCAGCAGGAAGUAUUACAUUGAACCUGCCACAGGAGGAAGUCAUGUCACAAUCGAUUCGCGUACUGUUUGCGAUAGCCAUCUUUAUCUCGUAUGGUCUGCAGUGCUACGUCCCAGUGGACAUUAUUUGGAAUGUGUAUCUGGUGGAGAAAUACCGCGAUUCGAACAACAAGCUGGUCUACGAGAUGCUGGUCCGGAUUGUGGUUGUCAUCGUGACCUUCCUGCUGGCUGUGGCCAUCCCACGACUCGGGCUAUUCAUCUCGCUCUUCGGUGCUCUCUGCCUGUCGGCGCUCGGUAUUGCCUUUCCGGCGAUCAUGGAGAUCUGCGUUCUGUGGCCCGACAAACUUGGCCCUUGCAAGUAUACGCUCUGGAAGGACAUCAUUCUGAUCGUUUUUGGCGUCAUCGGUCUGGUGGCCGGCACGUACACCAGUGUUCGUGAUAUUAUUCUUAGUUUUAUGUAAACACGCGAUCACUGCGGUUAACUAUUCGACGUGAAGAAUUAGCCAGCCACUGCAAGCCACGCACCACCGGAAAUGGAUGAAACUCUGUCUAGUGUAAGAAUGCUUCGCGGACGACGUCGUGAGUUAGUGUCGCUUAAACCGCACCGUGCUUCCUAAGAGCUCCACUCUGAACCGAAAGGCUCGUUGGAGAAUGAUCGGCAGGGCUGGUUCCGGUUCCGUGCCAAUACCUGGCCACCAAUGGCAAAUUCGCGCUACGGUAGAGAAGGUUUGUGACAUAUCAUUUGUAACGGCGAGAAAUACUAUUAAUCGUACGGUAGUUUUGAUGAUGGCAUAGAAACAUUAUUUACGUUCCGUUCCGUUAUUUGUAGAACUCUAGGAUUAGUAGAACGUUACGUUACAUUAGCGAAGCAAAACACAGUUUGACUUUCAGUUGGCUAAACCGCAACACAACCUCAUAGAAGCAGCGCACAGCAAACGCAAAGCCACGCUAAAUUGUGCUCCUUGGGAAAUGACGAAAUUAUACGAGACACAUUUGACGCCAGGCCAAGUCGCUGGCUGUAAGUUACACGAUGCAUGCAGAUAUAGCUUAGCCAUGUACAAUCACCACUGCAUAGGACGGUAUGAUGUGACCAAACAGAACUACGGAGAAGGUGCCAUAUUCUAAACGCUUUACAUGCGCCCAGAAAGCCAAUAAAACUUACUUUAGUUCAUUUAUACUGCGGA